CCGCGGAACGUGUUCGUGGGACUGAAGAAGACUCGUCAGCUUCUAUGUGAAAUAUUUAACAAAAUGACAAAAAGUUCUAAAGCAAAGAAAGCCCAAAAGGCUGAUUUUGCCAAGAAGAAAAUUAAGGUUGGGAAGAAGUUGAAGAAGGCGCAGAAUGAGACACGGACAGAUUUUAAGGCACGGAAAAUCAUCCUGAAGGAGCAGCUGGUUGAAAAGUCAGACACCACACUGGUUACUAAGAAGCAUCAUAGUGUGAAGGAACUGAUGACAAGAUUAGAGCACCAUAAUGCACAUGUACGGAAAGAAGGAGUGAAAGGAAUAAUGGAGCUGGUAACACACCAUGAUGCUUCGGAACUCAUUCCCUAUUUAUCAAAGUUAGUCUUAGCCAUUUCACCAAUGACGCUUGACACUGACUCUCCUAUCCGUGGCACUGCUGUCAACUGUAUACAAGCACUGAUGACAAAGUUGGGUCCAAAUAUGCAACCAUAUUUUAGCAUUCUGUCAACAUAUUUGUCCUGUGCUAUGGCCCACCUUAAUGUUGGAGUCCAGUCAGACUCUUUGAAGCUGAUGAAUGUCCUUGUUGUACACACUCCAUCACUUAUCGCAAGACAUGCUAAUACUCUCCUGAAGAAUUUUAUUAAUCUCAUCUCAAGGAAGGCAUCUGGAAGCAUUUCAAAGAUCAACAGUAUAGCAGGCACUGACCGGGUUUUACAUGUAGACCCAAACAGUGCAUUGACAGGGCACAAGUUCCGCUUGAAAUUACUUAGUGAACUCAGUGCCUUUCUUGAGGCACUAGUCAAGGAGCAGAAACGUGUGGAAUCUCAGAUCCCACAAUCAAUGUGGCAGACUGUAUUGGUUGGUAGUGUGCCUCCCUUGUUGUGUGUUGAAUCUGUCCAAGGUGAGGCAGAUGGAUUUUGGCUCUUCAGUGAUCCCAACCAACUGAACAACUUCAGUAAUACUAUUGUUCCCCUACUAUUUGAUGUGUGGGCUGAAGUUGAUCCACAAGCCUCAGGUUGUACUGCUGUUAACAGUGAAACAAUUGAAACCCUUGAGUGUAUCAUGAAUAUAGUUAAACAUAUGUGGGACGUUACUCAGAUAUGCACUCAGGAGAACCCAAAGAAUUCAAAGUGGGUGCUAACAGAAUUCCAGCCAAAGUUCUCAUCCCGACUCAUGAGUGGGUUUCCAUACUUGUGCAAGGAGACACCCAAGACCAAGAAAAGUAAAAAACGAAAGUCUGGUGGCAAUGAUGGUCCCACUGAUGCAGCUGAUGAUGGUGAUGAAAACGUGAAGCACUGUGACAGCCUUAAUAUUUCCCUCUGUGAAUUUGCAAUGCAACUGUGUACUUCUAAUAUUAAACAAAGAGUCAUCAACUACCUCACUGCAUUACUGAGUGACAGCAAUCGAGAUGGGGAUUACAAACUUGAAAGUAUUGUGAAAAUGAUCUUAAGUCUUCUGCAAACUGCAACCAAGUCAGAGGUACAGAGACUUAUAACUGCCAGCCAGAUGUGCUAUGCUCGCUUGCAUCCCUUGAAGAAGGAUCGGGGAAUUCUGUUGCAGAUUCUCCUUGUUGCAACAGAUCAUGACCACACUUACCUGUGGAGAUUUUCCAGCAUAAGUCUGUGGGUAGAACAGAUAGUAAAAGAUCUAGAAAAUGGAGAAGUAACAGAGCAGGUCUUGCAAGUGGCUCUCAUUCUCCGUCUUCGAGGGAACACCAGGAUCAGGAAUAUGCUUUACACAAGAAGAAAUGCUAUCAGAG